UCAUUCAGAUUUGAUUCGUUGGCAAGGAAGCACGUUGGACACGCGCUACGAAGAGAAAUACGUGCGACGCAAAGUUAAAUAUUGUGUUUUGUGAAACUGUCAGUACGUUCGUAUUAAAAGUCGCGUGAAAAUGGGUUUGGAGGAUGGUGCUGAUUUUACCAUCGAUAGAAUAUUUUCCGAAAUCGGCGAUUUUGGUGUAUUUCAAAUAGUAACAUUCUUUCUAAUUUGCAUUCCAAACACUAUUGCCGCAUCAUUUGUUUUGAAUUAUAUGUUCGCCUCUACUUCGCUCGAGCAUAGGUGUAAAGUACCAGAAUGUGAUUUGGGUGAUAAUAAUCGUGAGAUAAGCUAUGAUCAACCGUGGCUUCACUACGCCAUUCCAUCAACGGACAAAGGUUAUGAAAACUGCGUUAGAUAUGCACCAAUUAAUUUAUCAAUGUCGAAUCAAUGUGAUGCCAAUGGUUUCAAUACAUCAACACGAAUCGGAUGUACGGAAUUUAUUUAUGCAACCGACGAGAUAAAUGUUCAGACAGAGUUCAACAUCCAUUGCGAGGAUAGCUAUAAGUUGGCCUUGAUCGGGUCUGCUAACACGAUUGGCCGGUUUAUAUUUUUGCCAAUAACCGGUAUACUCUCAGACAAAUUCGGGAGGUUGCGUGUGGUAUUAAUUAGCAUGUUAUGUUGCAGUGUGUUUGGCUUGAUCAAGUCAUUUUCCAUUGAUUAUGCAAUGUAUAUUGUGCUGGAAUUCCUUGAGGGAACAGCAAACACUUGUAUAUACUGUGGAUUUUUCGUGCUUGCUAUUGAGUGGGUCAGUUCGCGUUAUCGCGCACUUGGCAUUGCAUUAAUCGGUACCACAUUUUCGUUAGGUGAAAUGCUGUUGGGUUUUCUGGCCAUGUAUAUUCAUAAUUUCCGUUAUUUGCUUCGUGUACUUUACGCUCCUGGACUACUUGUUGUCUUUUACUUUUGGUUGGUACCGGAAAGUGUUCGAUGGCUGCUUAUUACCGGCCGAAUUGAUCGUGCAAUCAAAACUCUACAACGAAUUGCCAGAGUAAAUGGCAAAACAUUGAGUGAAAAGUCAAUUGAAGUACUGCGGUUGCAAUAUCCAUCGGGUGCGAAGCAAAAUAGUCACCUUUCUAAUGAAGAGAAAAACGGAGAGAAUCUAUCGAUAUUUCAACAAAUGAAAUUGGUAGUUGCAUCGCGAAAACUCGGAUUGCGUUUAUUAAACUGUGGCUAUCUAUGGGCCACUUGUUGCUUUUGUUUUUACGGAUUGAGUCUGAUUUCAACACACAUUCCCGGUGCUAACCGCUACUUAAGUUUCAUUAUUGUUAUCGCGGUAGAAAUUCCGGGUGCAAUUUUGGGAGCCAUGUCCACUAACAAAUUUGGACGAAAGAAUCUCUUAUUCUAUUCAUUGACAUUGUCUGGUGUAUCAAUUUUAAUUGCACCAUGGAUACCAAAGGAUAAAUCGUUAAUUGUACUGAUAUUGUUCAUGCUGGGCAAAUCAUCAAUCACUUUCGCUUUUAAAGUUGUUUACGUUUUUACCGCUGAACUAUAUCCAACAAACAUACGUGGAACGAUUAUGAAUAGCUGCUCAAUGAUCGGACGUAUCGGUGCGGUACUUGCAACAUUUAAUGGACACUUGAUGGCAAAACAUCCAAUCGUACCAUUCUUAUUAUUUGGAACUAGUGCCAUUGUGGGCGCGGUGCUGGUGCUAUUGAACCCAGAAACAUAUGGAAAAAAAUUACCAGACACCAUCAAAGAAGCAAAAGAUCUUUGAAUUUAUGUACAAAGUACAAAAUUAUAGUAUUCAUAGUGCUAAGCAAACUCUAGAAGUAAUCAGUGUUUAAAGAAACAUAUCCUAAAUCUUGUGUAUAUACAAGUUAGAAAUUAAAAUCAUGUAAAAAAUAUUUCGACAUUGGUAUUUGGUAAACUUAAUGAAAUUUGAUUAGCCUAGACUCGAGUCUUCGGAUGAUUUCUAUGCAAAUCAUGUUUA